GGAAUGGGCAGGUACACAGUAAAACUAAUGCGUAUAAAAGCCGGUAAAAGUGAUGCCUCCUUUACACUGCAGAGAGCAUCGACACCUCCAGAAUCUCUCAUCAGUUCUGUAUUACAACUUCUUGCAAGUUGCCUUUAUCAGCAAUGGAGUCCAAACCCUAUGAAAUCGCUGCCCUUGGAAGAGCCCUGUAUCCUGGGAUGCUGUAUGACUGCCGCAAUGAUACAUUCAUCCCAGGGGUCACUUUAUGGAACAAGGAGUCUUUAAAGAAUGAUAUUGAUGAGUGCUUGCAGCCCAAAACUGAUCUGAAGUUCUCUGUUUCUGACUCUCUAUCUGAGAAGGCCAACUUUCUUGAUGUCAGUGCAUCACUGAAAGCCAGCUUCCUUUCUGGGCUGAUAGAGGUGGAAGGCUCUGCCAAGUACUUGCGUGACACGAAAUCCUCAAUGUCUCAAUCGCGGUGUACCAUGAUGUACAGCGUGACCACAAAGUUUCAACAACUUACCAUGACUCAACUAGGCAACAUUACCUAUCCUGCGGUGUUUGAACAGAAAACAGCCACACAUGUGGUGACUGCUGCACUCUACGGAGCUCAGGCUUUUAUGGUGUUUGAUCAUAUGGCUUCGGGAACUGAGGAGCAACAGAAAGUUGAAGGAAACAUUCACGCAGUGGUGAAGAAGAUCCCCUCUCUCGACAUUGAGGGAGAUGCCCACUUAGCUCUGAAUGAGGACGAGAAAAAGUUAGCUGAUGAAAUCAGUGUAACGUUCUAUGGUGACUUUCACCUUGAGCAUAAUCCCACAACAUACCAAGAGGCCAUUGACGUGUACAAGGCUUUGCCCAAUCUUCUGAAGGACAAGGAGUAUUUUGGUGUCCCGGUGAAAGUUUGGCUGUACCCAUUGGUUUUGUUGGAUAAUAAAGCAGCAGCGCUGGUGAGAGAAAUCAGCACAUGCCUUGUGUCUAAAACUGAACGUCUGUUGGAGCAGCUUGAAGAUGCAGAAAGGAGAUGCAACGACUUGACCAGAACAAGCACUGUGCAGGAUUUUUCUGACCUGAAGGUCAGGCUACAAAUCUUUCAUGAAUUUUACAGUGACUAUAAGACAGUGUUCCAGAAGGCACUCUGCAGGGUCCUGCCUGACAUUCGUGGUGGAGGGAAAGAGGAGCAGGCAUUAGCUAAGGUCAUAGAGAUCCACGACAAGUCCCCCUUUUCAGCCAACAAGUUGAACGAGUGGUUGGAGAGCAUUACGAUUGAAUCACAAAUCCUGAGCUCCUACACCAAGAGACUUCAGGACAUCAGAGUCGUCCCAUCCUUAGGUGAUCUCAACGCCAUCCUUUUUGAUCCUGAUGUUGAUACAGUCGUUUGCUUGGCCUUCACCUCUCUGGCAAACCCAGACGAAUUCAUAAACACUCUGAAUGAGUUCCUCAAGUCUGACGACUUUAAGUGGUUGGAGGAUGUCAGUACAGUGGAGGGUACUCCUGAACACCAGGCCUGGUUCACCUCUUUUGAUAUUUCACAGACGAUGCGAGAGAAUCUUUCCCUCUUUAAAAGUUUCUCUGAAGCCAACAAAGACACCAAAGGAGUUCAGUUUGUCAUAGCCUCCAUCCCUGACCCCAGCAAUCCAGGAACAUCUAUCUAUCUUUAUGAAAAAGGGGAACUCACAAAUCCCAAGUUUAAGCCAGUGUCCAAACCACCCCCUCCAACAGUGACGAUGUCGGAUGGGCGUGGAACCCUGAUGCUUCAGAAAUCCCCUACUGGAGAGACGGUGCGGUUUAGGAUUGAAUACAAACUGGCAAAUUCUAAGGAUGAGGACAAAGUGUGGGAGGUCAGAGACACUCCGGAUGCACAAGAAAGCUUCGCGCUUACAGGACUGCAACGAGAUAAGCAGUAUGAUCUGAGGUACAGAGCUGUCAGUGAAGUGGGAAUGAGUGAGGCCAGCGAACCUAUUUGCUGUAUACCCAAUACGCAUCCAGACUACCCAAGUAUUGAUGAUGAUCUUAUAGAUUGCGUUGGAGAUUGUGCUGUCGUGGGUGGCCCUGGAGGUAAUGAGUUCUUGCUUGUGACUAACGGGGAUGACAUGGCGUUGAUGAAGAUUGGGGUUUCCGUUGAAACAAAUCGGGUGGAUGCAAUAUACGUGAAAGUCGGCAGCUUCCCGGAGAUGACCUUUGGCUGUAAGAAAGUCAACCCAGAAUGGAGAGAAUGUGAAUUUGAAGAUGGUGAUCGAUUCAGUUCUCUAACUCUGUGGCCAAACAAACAUGGUGAUCGACUUGUAGGCAUGGCGUUUACGAUUGUGCUGAAAAAUGGUCAGGAGUUUAAAUUCGAUGCCAAUUGUACUUCUUCUGAAAUUUUGCUGGGAGAUCCUGUAUCUGUUGAUGUGCGUUCAGGCAUAUGCUGUGGGGUUACAGGAAGAAGUGGGGAUUACGUUAAUGCCUUUGGUUUCAUUUUUAAAAAAUAGGACAGGAAGGUAGAGAUUUAGGUCGAGAACUACAACUGAAUGAAUUAUACAAAUGAACUGUAGUUAGCACCUUGGUAUAUUCAGAUAUGAUUACUAUAAAUGUAUGAUUUCACUUCAUUUUGAGGGCUGUGUGGAAUUUUUUUCAAAUUAGAUUCAAUUUACUUUAUAAUCAUGCUAUUCAUAGUUCUAGCCCAAAGCUAAUUUCUAGCAUAUCUAGAUUGUAUACAUAAUCAUUUCUGACAAGCUGGACAUUAUCAUAUGAAACCACACGAAAGAAUAUUUUUCAUUCAAUGUGAAGUCACUCUGCACAUCCGUUUGGAUGAUCUAAAAGCUCAAAUUAAAUUUAAACAUGUCUUUUACUCACUCACAUUGUGUCAAACAACAACCUCAUCAAAUUCAAAAUGACGGAAGUGAGGGGGUUGGUUAGUGAUGCCAAUCUCAAUACCACAGCAACCAUGCAGAUAUGCUCAUGAUUUUCUGAUUUGCAAAUGCAAUCUGAUUAUUUCCCUGUAUGCAUCACUUUAUUGCUGUUUAUGAAAUAAGUCAAAGUCCACAAAAAGAGGCACUAAACCUUUAAAAUGUGUAUAAAAAUUCCUAAACUUUAAAAAAACGCAUUUACUGUGGUAAUUUUCACAUCUGCAAUGCCGUCAUAACUGCGUUACUGUGCUGUAGUCAUAGAUAAUGUGUCUGUGGAAAAAUACAAAUCAGUCAAUCAAUAAUUAAAGUUACUGAUAUAAUCUGAUAAGCAAUAAAAAUUAUAUAUAUAUAUUCUAGCAUUUGGCUCAAUAAUGCACAAUUAAUGCUUUGUAUGGCUACUGCACUUGCGCAGAUCUCUAAGUUGGGUGGGCUUUCCGACAAGGAUAUUAAUAUUUUACUCAAAAGUUCAUUUUGUUUUUUUCAUUUGUCAAUUCUCUCUGUACACUGGUAUAUUGUUUAACUCCAGUUUAAAAAUCUCUAUAUUUUGCUUUCAAUGCUCACUGCUCUUUCAAAGCAAAUAAAAUUCCUGUUAUAUUCCAGGA